AUGUACAAGUGUUUGGAGUGUGGAAUGAACUUCUCAGAUCAAACCCAAUAUAAUAUCCAUGUGCAAAUGCAGAGUGGAAAGAAGAACCAUCAACAGCUGGAGUGUGGAGAGAGCUUCCUUUGCAGAGCAGAGCUCCUUAAACAUCAACAAACACAUGCAGCAGAGAAACAUUAUAGCUGCUCAAACCAUGAUGAAACUUUCUCGCAGAAAUCAGACCUUAGUAAAUACCAAAGCAGUCAUUCAGAAGAAAAGCCAUUUAUCUGUUUAGAGAGUGGAAUUACAUCCUCUGAUGGAAGACAGGGAAAUCUAUAUUUCUCAAGGAACAUUAUAACAAAGGCAUGUAAAUGCUUUCAGUGUGGAAGGUACUUUAAAUACAGAUCACAGUUCCUUGUGCACCAAAGAAUCCACACAGGCGAGAAACCUUUUAGAUGCUCACAGUGUGGAAAGAAAUUCAGUAAGAAUAACAAUCUUCUACAGCAUCAAAGAACUCACACAGGGGAAAAACGUUUUGAAUGCUCAGAAUGUGGAAAGAGAGUCAAUCACAGAUGUAGUAUUCAACAGCACCUAAGAAUGCACACAGGGGAGAAAGGUUUUGAAUGCUCAGAGUGUGGAAAGAGAUUUUCUUACAGUAGCAAUUUUCAAUGCCAUCUAAGAACCCAUAGAAAAGAGAAACUGUUUGAAUGCUCGGAGUGUGGAAAGAGAUUCAGUAACAGUAACUAUCUUCUACAGCAUCAAAGAACUCACACAGGGGAGAAAGGUUUUGAAUGCUCAGAGUGUGGAAAGAGAUUCAGUCACAUCCAGGGUCUUCAACAGCACCUAAGAAUCCAUACAGGGGAGAAACCUUUUGAAUGCUCUGAGUGUGGAAGGCAAUUUUGUUACAGUAGCAGCUUUCAACGGCAUCUAAGAACCCACACAGGGGAGAAACCGUUUGAAUGUUCAGAGUGUGGAAAGAAAUUCAAUCAGAGCACCCAUCUUCAAGAACACCAAAGAACCCACACAGGGGAGAAACCUUUUGAAUGCUCAGAGUGUGGAAAGAAAUUCAAUCACAGAUGUAGUUUUCAACAGCACCUAAGAGUCCACACAGGGGAGAAACCUUUUGAAUGCUCUGAGUGUGGAAAGAAAUUCAGUCAGAGCGGCCAUCUUCAGGAACAUCAAAGAAUCCACACAGGGGCAAAACCUUUUGAAUGUUCAGAGUGUGGAAAGAGAUUCAAUAAGAGUAACAAUCUUCUAAAGCAUGAAACAAUUCACACAGGGGAGAAACCUUUUGAAUGCUCAGAGUGUGGAAAGCGAUUCUGUGACAGUAGCAGUUUUCAUCGGCAUCUAAGAACCCACACAGGGGAGAAACCGUUUGCGUGCUCAGAGUGUGGAAAGAAAUUCAAUCAGAGCACCCAUCUUCAAGAACAUAAAAGAAUUCACACAGGGGAGAAUCUUUUUGAAUGUUCAGAGUGUGGAAAGCAAUUCUAUAACAGUAGCAGUUUUCAGCGGCAUCUAAGAACCCAUACAGGAGAGAAACCAUUUGAAUGCUCAGAGUGUGGAAAGAAAUUCAGUCAGAGCAGCCAUCUUCAGGAACAUCAAAGAACCCACUCAGGGGUAAAACCUUUCGAAUGUUCAGAGUGUGGAAAGAAAUUCAGUAAGAGUAACAAUCUUGUACAGCAUCUUAGAACCCACACAGGGGAGCAACCUUUUGAAUGCUCAGAGUGUGGAAAGAGAUUCAAUUACAGACGAAGUCUUACAAAGCACCUAAGAAUCCACACAUGA